CUACACCCAAACAGACAACAGUAGAAAAGAAGCCCAACAGUGCAAAAAAAAUUGCAAGAUUGGUAAAGAAAAAUCCAGCAGAUUUGAAACCCAUCUCCCUUCAAAUGCAACAACUUCAGGCCUGUGGCCCUCAAGACCUCACAAGAAUGGAUGCCCCCAGCUCAUCAUCCUGGAGUAACAGCUUCAAAAAGGAAACUGAUCUAGUAAAAAAUAACACAGAUCUGACAGACUCAGACACAGAAAUAUGA